AUGCCUUCGACUCAAGAUCCUACCAAAGCCCCUACUACCCAAGAAAUUGCGGCAGAAAAGGACACCGUCGCAGAGACGAUAGCGUAUGCGCGGCGAGCUUACAGGGGAAACCAGAAAGACGUCAAGGUCGAGCCAGAAAACAAUGGGUUUGUCAAGAAGCUGUUGAACAACGUCAGUCACGCCUUGCAGAGCAAUCGCUACGGGGGAGCAGGCGGCGGAUGA